GCAGUGGUCAGCUGACUUGUCACCUGAUUGGUCACCUGAUCACUCCAGCUUUUAGCAACACUGUGUUAUAACGCGGUUGUUUCCUGUCCGUGUAUUUAUAUGAAUAGCCGCUCUUAUUGACGCUAUGUGGUCGUGGCUGUACCUCAAUCUCCUCCUGACUCCUGCGUUCGCAGGGAAGAUGAAGAUCGUGGACGAACCGAACACGUUCGGAUUGAACAACGCUAUUCUGGCUCAAGGGAGCCGAUUACAGCCCCGAGUGACGCCGUCCCCCGUCUCCGGUCCAGCCCAUCUCCAUCAUUUGGCUGGAAAGUGUUUUAGUUUAAUAGAGUCGAUGUAUAAAUAUGAAUUCUGUCCAUUCCACAACGUCACACAACAUGAGCAGUCCUUCAGAUGGAACGCCUACAGUGGAAUCCUGGGGAUCUGGCAGCAGUGGGAGAUGGUGAACAACUCCUUCACCGGCAUGUGGAUGAGCGAGGGGGACGCAUGCGCCAGUAGGAACAGGCAGACCAAGGUCCACCUGACGUGUGGCGUGGGCAGCCGCCUGGCCGCCGUGUCCGAGCCCAGCACCUGUGUUUACCACCUGACCUUCGAGACGCCGCUGGUCUGCCAUCCACACUCCCUCCUCGUGUACCCCACCCUGAGUGAGCCGCUGCAGAAGGGAUGGGACGAGGCGGAACAAGCUCGCUACGAAGGCCUCAUCACAGAGCAGGGGUACAACAAUCUUCUGAGGGAUAUCUUUGAAGAUGCUGGUUUGCUGAAGAGCCAGAGAGUGAAGGUGAAAGCCGAACUCCCCGGCCUCCCAAAGACACACUCCUCCCUCCAGGAGUGUAGCGAGGACUACCAGAAACAGAGUGAAGAAAUGGAAAGACUACGCGCGCUCCUCACCAAAAACAACAUUCCCUUUGAAUCCACCGGCGGUGAGUCCAUGUCACUCAGCACUCUGCCUAAAGACCCAGCGACCACAUAGUGCACAGGCAGGCCGCCUGCAGGCCGAUGGACUGAACCCUCUCCCCUGUUCCUGAAGGCAGGGCUACGGCCCCCAACCCACAACAACAAAGGGGAGAUCCUGGCUCCCUGGACCUGAUGUGAAAGUUAUUUUUGAUAUUUUCAGGAGUUCUUCGUGUUGUAACGGAGGACUUUGGCAACUAAAGGGAAGCUUGUUGAAUGUGGAUAUAAAUCUAAAGAGUCGGCAUGGAGAAUAAAGAUUUUAGUAUUCUGGUUUUCUA